AUGAAGCAACAUCUUGCUGGAUCAAAAGGCAAUGUUGAUUCAUGCAAGCGAGUACCUUCAGAUGUUCAAUUUUUGAUACAAGGAUCAUUGAAAGAAAAUGUUCAAAAGGCCAAAGAGAAGAAAGGAUGUUUUGAUGAACUUGAAGGUAAUGAUGUUGAAGACACUUCUUGUCAAGUAGGCAAAAGUAGUAAUUGUGUGAGUGCAAGUCCCAAAGGUAAAAGAAAAGCUUCUUCUGGCAUUGAAUCAUAUUUUACACAUGGAAUUGCCGAUCCUACCCAACCAAGUAUAAAAGCUUCUUUGCAAAGUAAGGAGAAAUGGCAUGAUACUGAUAUGUCAAUUGCGAUGUGGUUCUAUCAUGCAUGCAUUCCACUAAAUGCUAUUAAUUCUCCUUUCUUUCAAGUUCCAAUUAGCAAGAUAGCAAGUAUGGGCCAUGGUUAUACUGGAUGCACAAUCAUUGGUGAUGGAUGGACAGAUUCUAGACAAAGAUCUUUGAUCAAUUUUCUUGUAUAUUCUCCUAAAGGGAUAUCAUUUAUUAAGUCAGUUGAUGCUUCAGGCUUUAUUACAAGUGCAGAGACAUUGUGCAAUCUCUUUUCUGAAAUUAUUGAAAUAGUUGGUCCUAAAAAUGUAGUUCAUAUGGUGACAGAUAAUGGAGCAAAUUCCAAGGCUGCUGAAAGGAAGAUUACAGAGAAGUAUGUUAAUAUUUAUUGGUCUGCAUGUGCCGCUCAUUCUAUAAAUUUGAUUAUGAAAGAUAUUUCUGAAAUGCCUACUAUUCAUAGCUUGGCCAUUCUUGCUUCAAAGAUAACGGUUUUCAUCUACAAUCAUAAAUGGGUUUUGAAUUGGUUGAGAAACCAACCAAAUUGGACAGAAAUUAUUCGUCCAGGAGUUACUCGCUUUGCCACUACUUUUAUUGCAUUGAAGAGUUUGCAUGACCAUAGAAGUCACUUACAAGCUUUGGUUGUUUCUUCAAACUUCAAAAAAUUUCUUAAUAUGCAAAAAGGGAGAGAAGUAAAACAAAUUAUUUUGGAUGAAAAUUUUUGGAGAAAUUGCUUGAUAAUGGUGAAGAUAAUGGGUCCAUUGAUUCGUUUGUUACGGAUUUGUGAUUCUGAUGAAAAGCUAGCAAUGGGAUAUGUGUAUGAUGGAAAAUAUAGGGCUCGGAAAGGCAUUAAAGAAUUGUUCAAAAAGAAGAAACAUUUGUACAAGCCUUACACUUCCAUUAUCAAGGAGCGAUGGAAUAGUACUUUACGUACUGGAAUUCAUGUUUUGGCAUAUUGGUUGAAUCAGGCAUUUCUGUUUGAUGAGCAUAACUUGUGCCAAAAAUUAGAGGUUCAACGAGGCAUACUUGAUGUAAUUGAGCAACAAACAAUGUUUAAACCAACUGAACUCAUGGAAGAGAUGAAAAUAUUUAGGGAAAGACAAAAGACUUUUGUUCGCCCGCUUGCUUUAAACACUCUACUACUCCUGAUGAAUGAUGGAAAUUCUUUGGUUGUGAUGUUCCUAAUUUGCAAAAGUUGGCAAUUAGGAUUCUUAGUCAAACUGUUUCUUCUUCUGGGUGAGAACGCAAUUGGAGUGUUGGGUUCAAAAGAUAGAUCUUGUGAUCCAAUUGAUUAUGAGUGCAUUGAUAAGACCGAAUUUUGGGUGGUGGAAGAGGAACCGGAAGGAGAACUUGAUUAUGAUGAAUUGGAAUCUAUGGUAGAAGAGCAACCAAGAAUGGAUGAAGAAUCAACCAACUUAUCUAAAGGUGGCAAUGAAGAUGAUACGGUGGUCAUUGAGGAUGAUGAUAAUACAAUGGUUGGUGUCCAAGGAAUGACUACCAAUGAGUUGGAUGAAGAAAAUUGGCUUGCAUGA